GAACCAAAACUAUCCACUACUCUAUCCCGUCUGCCAUUUCUCCCACCUUCGAUUUUAGUACUUCAAGUUUAGAUUGUUUGUUUAUCAAUAGAGGAUUUCAGGCAUCCAAAUAUAGACUCUCUUUGUAGUUGGAACAAGAUCGAAGAUGCGGAAACGGAUUUCAGGGUUUAUUACUAGCAAUUGCAGCCAAAACAGAGGGCUUACAACCGCAUUUCACAAUGCCAUGAAUGAUCAUCAAUGGAGGUUAAAUCCUCUCAGAUAUUCCACCCCAAGUAGCAGCAACUUAAGUAACAAUCGCAUGUUUUCUUCUGUUGCAUUAAGGUACCGCAGAUCAAAGGGUGCUGACAAUUCCAAGAGAGCUUUUCUACUGCAUACUUUUGGGAAGAGAUUUUACAGCAGCUCUGCUGGAAAACCUGUUAAAACAGGACAACUGGAGAAAGUACUUUUCAGUUCUUCUUCUUCUUCUUCUUCUUCUUCUUCUUCUUCUUAUUGGGCUUGGCUUAAGAAGCAUAAAGUUUUAGGCUUUGCUAUGUUUUCUGCAUUUUCUUUCUUGAGUUUGCAAUGGGUACCAGUAUCAGAGAGAAUGCACAUGGCUAUAUCAACGGACAAAAUCGAAAAUAUGAUUGGCGCUUUGGUUUGGGAGCAGGAAGCAAGAGAAAAUCAGGGCCGAAUUCUGAGUCCAGACAGUCCAGAAAGUAUUCGGGUCACUCGGAUUCUGAGAGACAUUUUACAGGCAACGCAUCAAACAUUGGGGUUGAAAAAUGAUUUCCAAGUGUCCGCCUACGUGCCAAGAAAAGAAUUGCAGAUGAAAGAACCGCGUCCUGAUCAGGAUUCGAGUCUAUCGAAAACGCUUGAUUUCUUGAAGUUUCAAAAGGAGGUUAUAAAGUAUUAUUCAUCCCAUCCAAACAAAAGGGUUCAAAACGAGCCUCAAACAGUUGAGAAGAAAUUCGGGAUCAAAUACGGCACCAAGCAUUUGGAAGGGUUAAACUGGGAAGUGAUGGUGAUUGAAAAAUCUGUAGAGAAUGCUGUUCAUGUUCCAAACGGAAGGAUUAUGUUUUACACUGAAUGGUUUGAAAAUCCUGAUUUUAAAGAUGAAGAUUUGGCAGUUAUUCUGGCUCAUGAGGUUGGGCAUGGAUUGGCUCGGCAUUCAUCCGAGACUCUGUUGAGAUUAAUUUGGUCCCUGGUCCUUUCUGUUCUAGUUCAAAUCUUUUUUGAUGAUAGUGUGAUCUUAAGGAAGGCUAAAAAUCUAAUCAGUGACACCGUCUUCCCCUUCAUUUCCAGGAGGAGGGAAGUGGAAGCUGAUCGAAUCGGGAUGAUGUUGAUGGCUGCAGCUGGCUAUGACCCUCGUCGUGCCCCCGAGUUUUAUGAGAAGUAUUGUAAUCAUGACGUCGGAGAAGAUUUCAUGAAGGCAACCCACCCUUCUGGAAAGAAAAGGGCUGAGGCGCUGAGAAAUGAUGAAAUGAUGGAAAAAGCGAAGAAUUUAUAUGAUCAGGUCUGUGCUCGACGAUGAUAUCCAAACUUGUAAAAGCUUCAAUUGACAUGAAUUGCAGCAGUUUUGGAUCUAAUCCUUUUGAAUAGUUCGGUCAUACUUGUGUCUUAAUCAGGUCAAUGUAGAAAUUAUGGUCAUUUUUCUUAUUGAACAUAACUGUAUUUGACAUUGGAAGUUAUCUUACUAGAUUUUGAAGGAAAAGAAUUUAUUUGAUUUGAUAUAUGUCUGUUAAAUGAUCGAUAUAUACUCAUCAUACCAACAGAUUUCACAUUAA